AUGGAUCCAGCCAGCCAGGCGCUGGCGCAGAAUCUGCCCACGCAUGUGCGGAGAACCUAUACUGCUCUAGCAGAAUGCUCUAACAUCCCUGUGUCUUAUACCACUCAGUACCUUACCCUGUCGGAAGAGAUAGCCUUUGUUCAGCAUAUAUUGCGAACGGCUGCUCUUGGAUUUCCCCUGCGUAUUAAGGAUAUACCUCUCCUAGCAUUUAGCAUUGCCCGCCGAUAA